GUACUCGCCAUCCCUCUCACUCGAUCUUUUUGGGUCGAUCGAUCGAGAGCGAGAUGGGGAGGGGGAGAGUGCAGCUGAAGCGGAUCGAGAACAAGAUCAACCGCCAGGUGACCUUCUCCAAGCGCCGAUCGGGGCUGCUGAAGAAGGCCCACGAGAUCUCCGUCCUCUGCGAUGCCGAGGUCGCCCUCAUCAUUUUCUCCGCCGAGGGCAAGCUCUAUGAGUACGCCAGCAACUCCUGCAUGGAAAAGAUCCUUGAACGUUACGAACGUUACUGCUACGCUGAAAAGGCAAUUGCUUGCUCAGAUACUGGACCUCAGGGCAACUGGUACAGAGAAUAUGCCAAACUUAAGGCUAAGUUUGAGGUUUUGCAUAGAAGCCAAAGGCAUCUCAUGGGAGAACAACUUGACUCAUUGACCGUCAAAGAACUCCAACAAUUAGAACAUCAGCUUGAAACUUCUAUGAAGCAAAUUAGAUCAAGAAAGACACAAAUAAUGCUCGACUUUGUAGCUGAGCUCCAAAGAAAGGAGAAGUCACUGCGGGAGCAAAACAAGAUAUUGGAGGAGGAGCUGAUGGAGAAGCAGAAGCUCAUGGCUCCGUCCCACCAAGCACAGAGGCAACAGCAAAACCAGCUCCCAUCAAGCUCCUCUUCACCGUCCUCAUUUCCGAUAGCUGGAUUGAUAGCUGAAUCCAACCCUAUUCUAAGCAUCGGAACUUUCCGCGGAAGGGGAUCAGUGGAUAGCGAAGCAGCAGCACAAACCCAGGUACGAAACACCAGCAGCUUGUUGCCGCCAAUGGAUGCUUGGCCAUCCGAAUGGUUAACUUCCAUGUGCAACCUGAAGCUGUAAGUUGUGAAUGGUCCGACGAUGGUGUUAGGCUACUUCUUCCACAAGCAUGCACCUGAAUAUGGUCAGUAUAUAUUAUUCUUAGGUGUCCUAGUCGUACAUUAUCAAUCAGAGAAUCCUAGGACAAGAUGGUUAUGCAAUCAUAUAAGUGUGUCUCGUGCAUCCAACUCCCGUGCUCUCACUCUUGCAGAUGUACAGGAAUAUAUAUGGCCACCAUAAACAGCCUGACAUGGGCUUCACUUAAAAUGUUUGUGUUUGUCUUCUAAUCACAUCAAGUAUUUAGCAGAGUUGAGUAACAUCAGCCUUGAUGUUGUUUUCUCGUGUAUGCAGAAGUAGCCAAUAAGCAUCAUUUAUGUAAUAAUAAGAUGAUGCAUGCCUUUGAUGUCGCCAUAUAUCAGGGAUGCUAGGCUCCAUGGCAUUCUUGUGUAAAAGGCAAAGGUUGGGAUAUUUGCAGCUGCCAUAUUUGCAAUGGCAAUUUAGGCUACAGUUUCAUUAUUUAUUGUUAUUAUUUUA